CGCUCCUCGCGUUCACAAGAUGGCGGAGGCGGCCAAUUGUAUCAUGGAGAGUUUUGUAGCCACCCUGGCUAGCUGGAUGAGCCUGCAGUCGCCUCAGGAAGAUGUCUCCUGCCCCCCCGGGGAGGGCAGCGCCAAACCCUCGGCCGAGGACAUGACCUCCAAGGAUUAUUACUUCGAUUCCUACGCCCACUUCGGCAUCCAUGAGGAGAUGCUGAAGGACGAGGUUCGCACCCUCACCUACCGCAAUUCCAUGUUCCACAACCGACACCUGUUCAAGGACAAGGUGGUGCUGGACGUGGGCAGCGGCACCGGGAUCCUCUGCAUGUUCGCUGCCAAGGCCGGGGCCAGGAGGGUCAUCGGGAUCGAGUGCUCGAGCAUUUCCGACUACGCCGUCAAGAUCGUCAAGGCCAACAAACUGGACCACGUGGUUUCCAUCAUCAAGGGCAAGGUGGAGGAGGUGGAGCUGCCGGUGGAGAAGGUCGACAUCAUCAUCAGCGAGUGGAUGGGAUAUUGUCUGUUCUACGAGUCCAUGCUCAACACCGUCAUCUACGCCCGCGACAAGUGGCUGACCCCGGACGGGCUGAUCUUCCCCGACCGCGCCACGCUCUACGUGACGGCCAUCGAGGACCGGCAGUACAAGGACUACAAAAUCCACUGGUGGGAGAACGUUUACGGCUUCGACAUGUCCUGCAUCAAGGACGUGGCCAUCAAGGAGCCGCUGGUGGACGUGGUGGACCCCAAGCAGUUGGUGACCAACGCCUGCCUCAUCAAGGAAGUUGACAUCUACACGGUGAAGGUGGAGGAGCUGACCUUCACGGCGCCCUUCUGCCUGCAGGUGAAGCGCAACGAUUACGUGCACGCCCUGGUCGCCUACUUCAACAUCGAGUUCACGCGCUGCCACAAGCGCACCGGCUUCUCCACCAGUAAAUCCCGGCACAAUUCCGCCCUCUCCGGGACUCCGGGGAACAUCGGG